GUGUUGGCUAAGAGCUCCAGUAUAGAUCGGCAUCUUGCAGACUGGACACGGGAAUAUUCAUGCAGUAAAUAUAUGUUUUAUGCAUUCAGAUGCAGUGUGGCAUGCACUACAAAUGGAAUCUAUGGCAAGAUACUGAGUUUGGGCAAAACAAGGGACAUGUGACCAGUUUGUCUAUUUGCAUUGUAAUGGACCUAGAUCAAGGUGGCAAGUAGCAAAUCUGCACUAGAUCAGGCAAGGAUUGGGAGUAUUAUAUUGACAUUUGUGUGGCUGACUUUGAAGAUCCUGCAGUGAACACUGAUGCUGAAAGGAUUCAUUCCCGACAAAUAAGAUAAUCAUGAGCAUAAGUACACUCAGGAAAACGACAACAGCAACAGCUUCAACAGCUCCAGCACUGCCUCACCAAUGAACAUUCUUCCGGGCUAUGUGGUUCUGUGGAGCAAAGAGACAAAUGGACUCCUGGACAAAAGUGUCAGCUUUAACUGAAAUAACAUGGUCUGUUUUGUACAGACUUGGCAUGUCUUUGAACCUCCAUGUCAAUCAGAGGACAAUGUAUUUUCAGUAAACAGCUGUGACAGGACCCAAGGACAAACCACUGACCCUUUAUUUGUUUAAAUGGAUCCCCCUAGGACUGGAAGUCAGCGGUAACUUGUUUGGGGGGCUCUUGCAAAAGGAAAUCCCCUUAAGUGACUCUGUGCUCUGUCUGGAGAUGCUUCAGGCCAACAAUUACUCAGUGGUGCUGCUGAUCCAGCUGACGCUGCUCUCCUUUGACCUCUUUGUGAACUCCUUCAGUGAGCUGUUGAGGACCUCACCAGUAAUCCAGCUAGUGCUUUUCAUCGUUCAAGACAUCAGCAUGCUGUUCAACCUGUUCAUCUUUCUGCUGAUGCUGUUUAACACCUACGUGUUCCAGGUGGGACUCAUGUCCCUGCUUUUAGAGCGGUUCAGGGCGCUCAUCUUGCUCUCUGUGCUCUAUCUGCUCUCCAGCGUCUCUCUCCAUUCCUGGAUGAUGAAUUUGCGCUGGAUGAAAUCUGAUAAUUAUGUGUGGACGGAUGGGCUACUUGUUCUAUUUGUCCUCCAGAGAACAGCUGCUGUGUUAUACUAUUACUUCUACAAGCGGACGGCUGAGUAUCUGGGAGACCCACGGCUCUAUAAGGACUCCCCUUGGCUGCGCGAGGCCUUUGCGCGGUCACGUCAGUUAUGAAUGACCAGUGGGUCACUGUGUGAAACUGUUUUGACGGGAGACAGCAUGGAGCCAUCAGGAUUCACUGAGACCAUGCUGUGGACAGAGCCAGAAUGGAUUCCCGUGCUGAAUUAGGAAGCUCUUGACUGAUGGACUGCAAACUGUGAGCCGUUGAAUGACUGCUCAGUCAGUCAGUACGUUUACAUGACUUUCAAAAAAGUCAAAGCUCUGUGUGAAAGGAAAUGGAUAUACAUUUGAGACAGUAUGGCUGAUCGAUCUAUUCCAGUUUUCAUUUAUAUUUUGUAUUCUUAGUUUCAUAACAUUUUUAAAUGAAACAUUUUAAAGUGGGAAAAAAUGAAUCUGUGUGCCAGGUUGCCUUGGAUGAAUGAGCUCACAAUUACAUUUGUACGGCAUUUGUGCUUCUACAAACUCAAAUACAGAUUUUUGGGGAAAAGUCAUUUAAUUUUCAAAUUCAGAUUAUAUAGCCUAGUGUUUUGACAUUAAUCUAAGUGGCUGCAAUCAUGACCUUAAAAGUUACUUGUGCCUCAUGAAAUGAUACCUAGGCCCGAUAGUAUUAACUUACCGUUAACAUGUUGGAUGGCAUUUACAACGUAGCCCCCAUAAACUUUAAAUCAUCUUUCCACAGUUUGAGCAUAUUUUUUAUUUGGCUUGGCUAGGUAUCAUGGUUGCCUAAAAAACAAUUACAGCUUGGCAUCUUGUCCUAUACUGAAAUCAUUAGUUAAUUCUCAAGUGACAUACAGUAUAAAGUAUUCAUAUACAGGCGAAUCAGUACAUCCAAGGUAAUGCUUAAAUCAUUAAGUUCUGGUAAUAAUAAAAAACGAAAUUUGGAAAAAGUCUUGGCAAAUUCUGGUGACCCUGGUAAUCACAAUCCCCUGAGGUGAUGGUAGUAAGUAGAUUAUACUAAACCAAUGUUAUGUUUUUAACCAUUAUCCUUACAUUUGCAAUGCUUUGCUAUUGAAAAUAAAACAGUGUACAGUUCAUGCAUUUUUAUUAUGAUUAAUGCUGAAUGAUAUUGCAUGGAUAAUAUAAAAUAUAACAUUCAAGGAAGACAUUUCAUAAAGUAGAAUAGUUAAGUAUUCUUAUCGAGCAUUUUAUUUAGCUAGCUAUUUAUACUGUAGGCACAUUUUGGUGAUCUGUAUUGCUUU